UUCGCUUCCCUUCCAGCGGGGCUGCGCCCCGGAUUUUUGCAUUGCUACAGCUGCCCCUAACGAGGGCGGCUUUCCAACUGGGAAGCGCUGAAUGUCGGAAGACGGGCCUUCCCGCCUCUGCCCCGGAUCUGAAGCCAGGAACAAGGCAAGCGCCGGGCGCCUCCCCCGCCUUCUCCUUCCCCGCCCCGCGACGGCUUGAAUGUCCGCGCCCGCCCCGGCCACGCGUCAGGUCUCCUCCCUCUCGCCCAGGCGGAGCCAAAGAGGCCUCCCGUCCUCCGCCAGCCUCUUCCGGAGCCUUCCCGUCCUGCCAGGCUGGGCUUCCCGCGGGCUGGGCAGAGCCUUUCGCCGAGAUGUCCAUGGCUGCCAUUGCCCCACGAACAGACUCCCCUGGCACAGACAUCUUCACCACCCGCCAUGGCUCCUUCAUCAUCCGCUCAGACCUGGGUUGCUUCCUACAGGCCCUGGACUUCUGCUCUGGAGAGGCCCUCAAAGUGUGGGACCUGCACCCUGCCUGCCGUGGCUGGGACCACUACGUGGGUGACCCCACCAGUUCCGUGAUCUACCUCCUCCGGGGGGACUCCUUCUGUAAAGUGCUGGACCUGAACUCCGAGCCGCCUUCCAGCACCUUUCCGUUGCACCCCAGCUGCCAAGGAGGUGACCACUAUGCCUCCUGCGAGGGUCAUUUCCUGAUCUUCUUCCUGGAACGUGGUGUGGUUCUCUCAGUGGCUGACCUGGCCACUGGGGCCAUGGCUACGGAGGUUUGCUUGGAGGCCACGCUUCUUGACGGACUGUAUUAUUACGGUGCCGAUGCCCACCACGUCGCCUGCUGGAGGAUGGAUGAGGAAAACAGCCUCCGCGGCCACCUUUUCACGCCAGCGGCAGAACACGCAGGGUCCUUCUCUGUUCACCCUGAUGUCAUCGCCUUCCUCCCCGGUGGCCUGUCUGUCAUCCACGGGCCCGCCUUCGGGGCAUGGGAGUGUCUUAAGCUGAUCUCCAAUGCCACAGACCUGCCCAUGCCCAGCACGCACGAAAUCACCCGCCAAGUGGGCUGUUCUAAGCUGGCCUUCAGCCAGAAAUACGACGUGUCCGGAUCUGUAGAUCCCGAGUCCUUGGCCAUUUCCCUUCUCCAGCGCCAGUUUUGUCUCCCUGUGGCUUAUGGAGGGCUUGGACUUCAGACGGAGCAGGAGGAGUGGGAGUCCGUCGCGGAAGAAGGAGAGCCCCUGCGGGUUAUCUUACAGCCCAGGCAAAAGCUGUACUGGUGGCACUACCGCCUGGGCUUAGGCAAAGAGCCCCUUCUGUUCUGCCGGUCACUGAAGGUCACCCGCAGCCCUUCGCCACCGACCCAUAUACCUCUGCCAUUGGCGGAGCCUUGAGGCCACAAGCAUUAAUCUCUGCUUGUGUGUGCAUGUGUGCAUGAGAGUGAGGGUGAAAAUAAAAGAUACGAACUUCCCCUA